AUGCUAAACGCAGACUUUUCCGAUGUGUUAAGUAAAGUAGACGAAUUCCAACCACUUGGAAUGUACGGUGCUCGAGCAUCAGUGAAGGGCAACGACGUAGAAGGCAAAGACAUGCUCCAGCUUGAUCGUCUAGCAGGACUUGGAUUUUCUGAGCCCAUGAUAAAUGGUAUCAAAACAAAAGCACAAAAAUUGGUUGCUGGUGGUCUUGUGACCAGAGCAUUUUCUGGAGACGAAAGUCGCCUUGUCAAGAGUUUUUCCUCCGAUAAGCCCAAUCUUGUGCAGCCCCACAAACAUUUUGGAUACCAAUGUGACGAUUCUUGUCUGCAAUACAAAGCAAAUAAAGUGUGUGCACACCUGUGGCUGCAGCGCAGGACAACAACAAAGUGGAGAAGCACAUAAAUUGCCUUCUUAAGGCAAGUCCCAAAGGACGAUUGGAGGCGUUGUGUACGGGUAAACCACAGGCCGGAAAGAAGAAAAGCCACAAACAAAAAAGAAAACAGAGACGAUCACCUGAACAGUCUUCAGAAGAGCCAAGUCGCGCUUCAGUCUAUCCAUGGCGUGAGUCCUGUCACCCCUUUCUCAUCACAAGAAAACAAAAGCGCCGCGUGCGAUAG